UUCAGUUCGUUCAGUCAGAGGGUAGACAUUGGCCCGUGAGGAUGCGAGAGACGACCUCCUCCUGUUUCCCCGGAGAUCACUACUGUUGAGAGUGAAGGAAGGAAGCCGCCGCGCGCCCAAUCACCACCACCAGCCUCCUCCUGGGGCCAUAUCUUUUUGGCACCGUAGGGCGUCACCAAUUGGAUAUCAUUGUAUCAUUUUUGUUUAAUUACUAUUCAUCGUGUGAGUUAUGUGAAGCCUACUAAAGUAACCCUUGAUGGAUCACAGUGUCGUAUGAAUUACUAUCCCACCGAGAGUUUGAAAGUCCACGAUGUUUGGGAAUUUACUGAAACCUGUCCGUGUGUUCCUUGUGCCUCUCCUUCUUCUCCUUCUUCUGCUGCUGACCAGUACACUGGCGCCCCUGAGUAGCCGGACGUGUGCUUGAAUCUACGGGAAAUCGUUCAUUUAACGCCAUAACAGCAGCAGCAGGAAUGGCCAUGGGGCUGGCUUUCAUGAUUGCUGCCGCUCUCUGCUUCGUCGUCGUCGUCACGGCUUCUAGCGAAGGAGUAACUCCAGUCAUACGCGAGCAACCUAAAGACAUAGUGGCCCGACGCAAUGACCCAGCCACUCUCAACUGCGCAGCUUCAAACGCUGCGCGAAUCACGUGGUAUCGGAAUGGCCAGCUGGUAGUGACGUCGCCGCAGGAUCCCCGAUCUCACCGCGUCCUCCUGCCCUCAGGAUCCCUCUUCUUCCUCCGCGUGGCCACGAACAGGAGGGAUUCGGAUGCUGGGACUUACUGGUGCGUCGCCUCCAAUAGUCACGGAGCCACGCGGUCGAACAACGCCACCCUGACCGUGGCGUCCCUCGGCUACGAGUUUGAAACGUCCUUUGAACCGGUGACCAAAGUGACCAUUAAUGGUUCCAUCACACUGCCGUGUCGACCUCCCAAAGGGACCCCGGAACCUAAGUUAAGUUGGCUCCAGGAUGGCCUGGAAGUGAUUAACUCCAGUCGAGUAUUUGUGAUGGAGAAUGGCGAGCUUGUUAUUAAUGGUACACAGCAAGAAGAUUCUGGAACCUAUCUUUGUCGUGCCCGGAAUUUGGCUGGUACCAGGGAGAGUCCUCCAACACAACUUGUGAUAAUGACUCCCCCAUGGUUCGAGGAAAGACCUUCAAACAUGACGGUGGCAUCUGAUGUCACUGUUCAGCUCGCCUGCAAGUCACAAGGUCAUCCAGCGCCAACAGUUACUUGGCAGAAGCUGGAUGGUAAGAUGCCUAUAGGUAGAGCAAUGAUCGAAGGUCAGCAUUUGGUGUUAGAAAAGGUAGAACCCGCCGAUUCGGGCGACUAUGUUUGUAAAGCUGAAAAUGAAGCUGGAAUGACCUCUGCAAGAGCAACUCUUGUGAUAGUUGAUGCUCCUGUAAUGACACAAAAACCGCAAGACACACAGGUUGUGGUUGAUGGAGCAGCAGAGCUCACUUGUCAAGUUGAAGGUGACCCAUCUCCAUUUGUACUUUGGAGACUUCCAACACAAGACAGAAGUGCUCUACUGACGCCUUCAUUAAGUGUUGGUCAUAUUUCUGUUUCUAAUGAUGGACAGAAACUGUCUCUGCAGAGACUAGCAAUAACUGAUAGUGGAAGUUAUUACUGUUGGGGAGUUAGCAGUGGAGGAGGAGUAAGUGCAAAGGCAGAGGUGAUAGUUGUAGAAGCAUUUCCUCCACCUGUUGUAGGAAUUGGUCCGUAUGACAUUGCAGCUAAGCCUGGUGGUGUAGCCUCAUUUUCUUGUGAAGCAGUCAGUGAAUAUGCUAAGCCAUCUAUAUCAUGGUGGUAUCGUCCUGCUGCUCACAUAGCUGCCCGUCAGCUCACUGAAGAUAGCAACAAUUCAAGACUCUCUUUUCAAGAUAAUGGUGCAAUCAUUUUAAAAAAUCUUCAAGCGUCUGACUCUGGAAUAUAUUCAUGUCACAUCACAGCUGAAACAGGUAAAAUUGAACAAGAAGCCAUCCUAAAAGUAGCUAGUGACACCACAGAAACUAAACCACCAAAACUUCCUGCUCCUCCUUCAAAACCUAAGCUAAUGUCAGUGAAUGAAACAUCAGUACAUCUGACAUGGUUGCCGAAUUCUCAAAUGAAAAGCAGUUCUGAACAGUGGUAUGUAGUAGAAUACUGGCAAAAAGACUGGGAAGAGUGGAGAGUUGCAGAGACUGAUUUGACUGAAGAAGCUUGUUUACUUAAUAAUCUAUCACCUGGUCGAACAUAUUUCUUUUUAGUCCGUGCUGUUAAUAGAGAAGGUAUUUCAUUCCCAAGCCCCUGGUCAGACCCUGUCAUUACACAGGUACGGAAUGAUUUGUCUGUCAGUGAAGAGGAAAUUCGUUACACAAAACGUCGUCUCUCACGCCCUGUGGUAUCCAUCACUGAUGGUAGCGUCACAAGCCCCGACAGCAUUCGUCUAACUUGGAAGUUCAUAGCAUCUACAGACAACAGUGUUGAAGGUGUUCUUGUUUAUAUAAUAGAAUCCCAUAAAACUGUCAGAGUAAUCACUGUCCUUGGAUCUGCAUCUUACUCUCAUGUUCGGGAUCUGAAGCCUAACACUAACUACACAUUCUUCUUGGUUCCCUUUUGGCAAGGGAUUGAGGGUACCCCAUCAAACUCAUUUUCCAUCUCGACUCCAGAAGACGUUCCUUUAUCAGCUCCAAGCAAAGUUAGUGUGGAGUCUCAUGAAGAUGGUUCAACCCUUAUCACUUGGGAUACACUUUCUUCACUGGAGGCACGUGGUGAAAUCAUUGGUUAUCAGGUAGCACUCUCAUAUAAUGGAACACAAACUACAGAGACUGUUGUUAAUCCUUGGCUAGAAGCUCGUGGUCUGGUACCAGGCCGCUUGUAUACAGUGAGAGUAGCAGCUUUAACCAGAGUUGGUCCAGGCCCUUUCAGUGCCCCGGUGUACAUGAAUGGAGGAGCAAAGGGCAUCUUAAAGAUCCAUGAUAGUACAUCUUUAAGCAAUGAAAAUUCAUCUGUUUUGUAUGCCCAGCCAGAACCCGAAUGGCUUGCUUAUUUGUUAGUGCCUUUAGUUAUUGUGCUCUUUCUAGCAACACUUGUUUACAUUAAAAGGCUACGUCGCAAGCCUCCAGCUUCCACAGUACCUCGUACGCCGUCACUUUACCAAGAUUCUUCAAUAUAUCCCACCCAACAUAAUGUUCAGGUAUACAGUGAGAAGAAGCUGUGGCAGUCUUCCGACAGUGACAGGGAUUCCAGUUUAUCUUCAACUCGCCUGCUGCGUUCCAAUCCCUUGAUUAACGAAUAUGCAGAGCCUAAAGUGCAACAGAUCAAUGAGACAACAGAGCCUUAUGCUACUACGGCACUGCUGGCUCCUGAAUCCCCCCAUCUAAACAGAGGCCCUCCAUGGAGACACCAAAGUGAUGACUCAGGGGUCCAGGUCAACUGGUCGGCAAUUCUUCCACCCCCUCCAGCAUGCCCCCCACCACCCCAGGAUCUCGAUCUUGGAGACCCAUUGCGAUCAGCAGAUCCUCACGAUAUACAUAUCAUUCGAAGUGUUCCUUCGCAGCGUAGCAGUGUCAGUGGUUCAGAGCAAUACAAGAGACCCUGUGAUAGUACAUCUGAAUAUAGUUAUGAUGUUUACUCGCAAAUGACUCCGAAUGAGAGCCAGACUGGAUAUCAUAUGUAUAAUGCAAUGCCUGUUUGUGGCUGUGUCGAAGUGAGUAUAGAGGAUAACUCGUCACAACAAGUUGAUGUAUCGAAGAAAACUUAGUUGUACCAUUAAGACUCCUUUUAGUGUCCUUUUCUCGAUUAUGUACAACUGAUGUAAAUGUUUUAUACGAAUUUCAGCCACCCAUUAAGCUCAGCUAUGAAAAUACCGCAGAUCUCUCCAUUUUGUAAGUUAGGUUUUGUAAAUAGUGAAAAAAAUAGUGAAAUUUGAUACCAAAGAUGUAAAUAGACGAAAAAUGCAUAUCCAUUAUUUUAUAUUCGAAAAGCAUCCAAGUAAAAAAUUUAGUAAAGCUGUGACAAUUUCCAUGAAAGAUUAUUAACAAAUCAUUUGUAUGAGCAGAUGUUGGCCCAGGUAUAUUAGUUGAAGUGUGUGGAUAGGUGACAGCUUCCUCAAGAACAGUUGUAGAAAGACUUGUCAUCAAGCAAAAAUCAAGCAAACUUUGGCAGCAUUUCCUGUCUGGUCUUGGUCAGUCUCAAAGAGCAUUUGAGCCUGACUCAAGUAACACAAGCAGAUGUUGCUGUUAACCAAUGUAGUUCAGUCUCAAACACGUCCAUCCAUUGAUACAAACAUUUAUACCUUACCACGUCCAGUGCAUUGGGUGGCAAAAUAUAUUUAUCCGGCAGUUAUGCUUUUACUUGUACAUAUCAGUAUCCAAGCAGCUUUAUAAUAUACUUCUUCGCCAAAAUGUAAAAGAAUAUUUUGCCUACCAUACGUGUGAAGAAAAUUACAUUUUGGCAUUUCGAAGUGGAAAGGACUAAAGCAGAUGGUGAGUUCGAGCCCAAAGAAGGAUGUUCUGAUAAAGUGAUAUGAUAUUCAUAGCUUCGUUUAGUUUCUAGUGAAUAGAUGAUCCUGUAUCCUAGUCAUGGAGAAGUUGCCUCUGGGCUACUCAUAGUUCUAGGUCAAAUAGGUGCGGAUAAUAUCGACGUCAGAAGCAGUCAAAGGAAGAACCCUGAUUGAGGCGUGAAGAUGUAUUAUUAAAAAAAAAAAAAGUGUAUACAUAUGCACGUAUGAAUGUGUAUGUGCCCUACAGUCGUGUAUACAUGCAUACAUUCGUAUACAAACAUA